GAAACACUUGCUGUAGAGAGAGAGAGAGAGAGAGAGAGAGAGAGAGAGAGAGAGAGGGAGAGACUGUAUAGAGCUCAAAAAGCAAAGGCUUUUGAUGGAAUAGAGAGAGCUUUGAGGGCAUAUGUUUGUAGGUUUGAUUGUUUGGUGAUUACAAUCAACAAUUUUAAUUACUAUCCUUUCAUACACAAAUCUCUUGGGAUUUUCAAGGAAAAUUUUACAAAAAUUUCCACCCUUUCCCCCUUUCUUUACACGCGCAUAUAUAUAUAUACACAUAGAUACAACACACAUAGAUUAAUAUAUAUCUUCAUAUUCUCAUAUAUAUGGAGUCUGCUAAUCUCCAUCAGCAUCACCAAGAUCAUCACUUGCAACUUGCUGGGUCUUCUUCCUCCUCCUCCUUAGGCAACAGCACUGACCCUUUUUGCUAUGGAGCUUCCACCACUGCUCAUCAAUGGAGUCCUGCUGCUGGAGUUUCUCUAAACAGUAUGAGCUUGAGCCAGAACUAUAGCAAUGAGAUGAUACACACAAGGGACCAUAACAAUGUCGGUGAAUGUUUGGAUCUCUCUCACAUGCAUAAUCACUCCAUGACCCAACAAGACUUAGCUAUACAAUGGCAUCAUCAUCAAUCUUCUUAUGAUAAUGAUCAUCACCACCAUGACCACCACCACAAUCAUCAUCAUCAUCAAGAUCAUCAAAGCCUUUUGAAGAUUAAAGAAGAGCUCUCCUCAUCAAAUCAAAUCCAAGCCGACAAUAUCCCCAAGUUCACUGACAUGUUAAACAAUCCAUUGGCCACGACAGAUUACUUGAAGAUGAAAGAACACGACAAGGACUUCAACGACAUGACAGAGAAACUUCUGCUUAAGACAAUAUCCUCGUUAGAUGGAGAGUAUUGCAACUACCCUCCUUCUUCUUCUCCUUCUCCUUCAUCAUCAUCGUCUUCUCAUAGAGGGAAAAGUUUCAGCCAGAUUCAUCCGAGCUUAAACAUUUCGAGUUUGAGCCAUUCUCCCACCAUGAGCAUGAGCAUGAGCAUGAGCAUGAACAUGAACAUGAACAUGCCAAGACCAUUCGAUAUGAAUAUGCAUGUUUUGGAUGGAAGAUCAUUGGUUAGUGGGAGCGGUUUAGUCAAUAAUGCUAACCCGCCAGAGAUUAAUCUCGGGAUGAUGAGUAGAGGGAGCUUGCCCUUUGGCCUUGGCGAUCAAAAUUUUCAGCAAACCAUUACCCCUAUUGAUCAAAUGACACAUUUCAGCAAUGAUCCUCAAGCUAGCGAAGGGAAGAGAAACAACUUACUGAUGGCAGCGAAGGGAGGGGAAAAUAUUCACAAGAAGCCGCGCGUAGAGUCACGCUCCUCUUGCCCACCCCUCAAGGUUAGGAAAGAGAAGUUAGGGGAGAGAAUAGCAGCUCUACAGCAGCUGGUUUCACCCUUUGGCAAGACUGAUACGGCAUCUGUACUGAUGGAGGCGAUUGGAUACAUCAAAUUCCUACAGAACCAAAUCGAGACUCUAAGCGUCCCCUAUAUGAGGGCGUCUAGGAACCGGACAGUGAAAUCAUCCCAAAGGGGUUGUGCAUUCAAUGACGGAAUGAAGAACCGAAACAGGAUCUAAGAAGCCGAGGGCUAUGUCUUGUGCCAUUGUCAUGCAUGACUUACGUCACCGGAGACGUCGGCGGUAGCGGC